AUGUCUUCUUCCGUAGCGGAUCUGAUUGAUGUUAAUGGGCAAUGGAAGUGGCCGAUAGCUUGGUAUGAUCUCUAUCCGGUAUUAAUUGACUUGGAUGUUCCCCAGUUGAGCCAUAACAUGCAAGAUCGUACAAUUUGGAAAGACUUGGAGGGUAAGCGUUGUUAUUUUCGGUCAUUGGAGGUUUGGAAUGUGGUUAGAUAUCGUGAGAGCCUUGUGCCGUGGGUUAAUGGAGUUUGGUUUUCCCAAUGUAUCCCAAGACACUCGUUUCACUUAUGGUUGGUGAUCAAGAAUAAGCUUAAAACUCAAGACAGGUUGGCUGUGUGGGAAGUAGGAAGUGCAACUAACUUUAACCUCAUGUGUUGCCCCUUGUGCAGAAAUAAUCGUGAUUCUAGAGACCAUUUGUUCUUUCGAUGUUCGUUUUCCUCAAAGGUAUGGAAGGAUGUUAAGCUGAUGGUGUCUUUGGAUCAGGUUGAUGAUUCUUGGCAAUCCAUUAUGGAUUGGAUGUUUCUUCAUGCUUCGUCGAAGAAGGUAGAUCAUAUUGUUAGCAAGUUGGUCAUUGCGGCGACUACAUACUUUAUAUGGCUUGAGAGGAACAAUUGUUUGUUUUCAAAUAAUCAGGCUAAAGUUGAGUCGGUGGUUGGGAGGAUCAAGAAAAUGGUCAGGUUACGUCUUAUGGGGUUCGACUUUAAAGGUGAUUCCAAAGUUGACAGGAUGUUAAAGAAUUGGGAGAUCGCUAGAAGUGAACAGGAGGAUGACCCGGGUUAG